AUGAAACAACAUUUAGCAUUUAUUACUCCCUUAUUUUUUCAAUUCGUGAUUGGUAUCGAUUACGAUGGAUGGUUAAAUGUAAAGAUUCAGCAUUCCUUGAACUGUAAUGGUGAAAAGUAUUGCACCAGAGGCAAUAUUUCUCUCAAAAGUAUUCGAGCUGGUACAUCUAUAAUUGAACAAAUAAAUUUUAAUGAAAAGCACAUUGAUGAAUUGAAGGAGUUAGCUGAUAUAGAUGGCUUUUAUACUAUAAGGUCCUUAGUCACAGCAGCUGAUAGCACAGAAACUGAAUUUCUAUCUUCCGUUAAAGCAAAAGCCUUUAUGGAUAAUGGACUUUCGGAUGUUAUUAAUGCCUGGGUGCUGCCAAAUGGAGCAGUAAUUGCUGUUAGUUUCCAAGUGAACAAUUCAUCCCAAUCUCGUAUUCCAAGAAGUGUAAAUAAUGAUUAUAAAAUUACAUCAAACUUCUACUUGCGACAUGUUGAACCAGCGGCAGUUCCUGACACGGCUUCCUACAUACAAAAGCUAGAACGUGAAAGAGAAGCCAGAGAAAAGGGAGAAUUAAAAGACAAUAGGUCAUUUUUGGCAAAAUAUUGGAUGUACAUAGUACCAAUUGCUAUCUUUGUCAUGAUAUCCGGAUCUACAAAUCCAGAGCCUGCUCAGCCUGCACGUUAA